ACCCGGUAGGAGUAGGCUACGCAAGGCGAACCUUUCCCUGCUUGCUCCAGACUGCUUAAUGGAGAGUUUAUGGCUCUCCCUAAGCGGGAUAAAAGCGUCUUUCUUUUUAGUCUUCCACACCUACACGCCAGCAAACAGCGAAGAAGCAGUCCAUAGAUCUUAUCAUGAAGUUCUUGUGUACACAGCGACUAUAGCGUGUGUGCUGACGACUGUUUCCGAGGAACCCAGAGGCCGCGAAACUGGCGGUCACACACGGAAACACUAUAUUUUACUCAAAGUGGAGGAAUUUGGCUACAAUGGUGGACUUAUUCCGCUGCGUUGGGGGGAGUCAGUUGGCUUUCGGCAUUAUUAGUUUGAUGUCAGGGAUCUUUGCUUUCUUUCCUGUGGCCAGCUACAAGCCGUGGUAUAUAGGAUGGAGCACCAAAAUUUCCGCUCCAGUUUGGACAGGAUUGCUGGCAAUAAUUGCUGGAACAUGUGCACUGGUGGCAAAUAAAGAGCAAAAGAAAAAGUCAAUGUGGGAACUGUGCUACACAUUCUCCAUCUUCUGCACCGUGGCCUGCCCCAUGCACUUUGCGGUCGCCGUGGUUUCCAUAAUGCUCGGGCCGUACUGUUACUACUCGUUCUUCGGCGGUGUGGGGACCGAAUACCUGGGCUAUGCGGUGGUGUUCCCCUUCCCGUACCUGAGGUUCCCAGGCCUGUGCCUGGACCCACUGCACUAUGAGGGGUACCAUCUCACCCUACAGGCAGCAGAUCUGCUCUGCAGCACGGCUAUCUUCAUCCUCUCCCUCACCGUUGUCAUCACGCUAACCCUCAGGCUGCUUCGCUCAGGACAUGUAAAUAAAAUCUAGUCUUCUGAUGCUGGCCUUUUGCCCUUAAUUAUCAGCCUGCGAGGGACAUUACAGUAUCAGCCUAUAGUAUCUCCUCAUUGGGAUAGGACUGUCCAUAUUAAUGGAGGGGAAUUUCUG